GUGGAAUGUACUCACAUUCUGAUUCUAAAUAUCGCUGGAGAAAAGUCAGAGGAAAUUUAGAUUUGUUGUCAUGGAAAGAAAUGAAAGGCACUUGACUUCCCUUCACUGGAAAUGGCAAAAAAUGUCGAGAGCACGUAGAAGAACACCUGGCUAUGACCAACCUCACGCACAUGGAUUGUAUAGAAAUCCAGAUGCAUAUUGGGACAGAAGAGAACCCUACCACGAAGUUCCUGGUGAAUACUCAAAUUACGGAUAUGUUCCGGAUUAUCCGAUGCCCCAACAACCCCCGCCACAAUACCCUACGCUUCAAAAUCAUCCGCAUCAAAAUAUGCCUAUGCAUGAUAAGACAUUUGUUGCACAGGACCCAGCAAGACAAUAUCACCGAACUAAACAAGCUUACAGACAACCGGCACCUUGGGAAAUGAAGAAUUAUGAAUAUGAUAAACCGGAUUACGGUUUGAAGGUGAAUUUUAGACAACAUAAAUGUACUGACUUAGAUACUCCGAGUGGUAUGUCAUCCUACAAUAUCAGCAAAUCUGUCGAAGACGGAAUGGUUGAGGGUCCACCAGCAAAGUCACCAAAACAUGUUGUUCAUGCAGAAUUUAUUGGAGCUGACAGUCCUGUAGCCAGUGCUACUGAAACUUCUUUGCGCACUCCAAGACGUGGUGGAACCGCUUCACAUUCUGGGUCAACACCAGGGAAUAAUAAUAUGAAUAGAAUAACGUUGACGCGAUCAGGCUCACGUCGAUCACGUGGUAUAGACGACGAAAACGACAGUGUAUUUGAAGAUUCUAGUGUUAGUCGACUCAACUCCUCGCGAACAGCUCCAUAUCCCGGAAGUAGAGAUCGCUGGGCUUCCAACGUUGUUUCUUCUUCGGCUAUCCAACGACGACCUUCAACGCAGCAGCAACAGGUUUCUCGUCAGCCGAGUCGCAAUGACACGGAAGAAAACAUAUCACCUACCGACAAGCCUUUGACUUCGUCUUGCUCAGACCGUCGUAAUCACUCAAGCCCAAAAGGAAAAUAUGCAUUUCCUGAAAUAAACCAUGAAGAAACUAAUAAUUAUGAGCGUAAGUCGCCGACUCGGUCACCGACCCAACAAACAUCCCCAGAAUCUUCAAGAAGAUCUUCUCUAAAAAGUAGAAGAACCGAAAGAGGUGAGGUGGGAGAUCAAAAACGGCAACGCCGGCUUCCUCCUAUUACAUUUGAGGGUUUACGACAUAACAGCAUGCCUGAUCCACCGCCUGAUGAUUUGCAGACGCAAGACAAUAUACAGUCACUAUCGGGUCUGCCACAAUCAGAAAGCUUUACGUUCCAAGAACAGGAAAAACAAUUCGAUGCAAAGAAGGUCUCUUUCGCUGAGCAGAGAAUGUCAUCGCCAAGCGUAAUUAGCAAAGAUUACGAGUCCCAAGACGAUGGCGUUGAAAGGAAGGUGGAAAGUACUGAAAACAAUCCUACAAUUACUAUUCCUAUUACUGGAAACACUGACAACGAAAAAGUCGAAGCAAUUAUUUCUAUGACCAAUUUAAAAGAUACAGAACCAAUUGAACACAAUAUGAGAACUUCUCCGAAAAUUACACCACCUGUUCUACAACCCGAAAAAUCUCGCAGUGCUAUUUGGAAAUUAACAAAAGCUUUGCAAAGGGUUGGCACAAAAUUACAUUUAUACAAAGAGAAAGACAAAAUAGUUAAAAGCACAGAAUCAAAAGAAGGUCAAAGUGAAAAUGCGGAUAGCGUAACUAUUGAAAAGCAGGAAGCGGGAAACCGGGAAGAGGAUGAAAAAAAUAUCACGCCAGAUGACAACAUUUGUGUAAAAACUCCAAAUGAUCAAUCGCAAGAUGGCGAUAACUUGAACAAAGAUUAUUCACCAUUGAUGAAUAAAUCCUCGCCAACAAAUAUAGCUCGACCAGAAUCGAACGAAUCACGUAUUUCUAACGGUAGUCAUAUUAACCCAGUCUUUGAAGACAUAUUACAAACGGAAAGGCAAAAUUUAUUUGAACAAAACAAAGACAUUAAUAACAAAGACAUUCGUGAGUCGAAAAUUUCUCUAAAUGCUGAUGAACCAUUUUUGUUGAUUACUGAAUCAAUACCUAUGUUCGAUGUCGAGAAGAGAGAGUUAUCCGCUAAUCCACUUUCUCGAAGUACAAGCAUCAAUAGUUUUGAAUCAUACACCGAACAACAUGAAAAUACGACAAUUGUCAUUUCUCGUGUUAGUCAACAUGAACCGAUGGCUGAAGAUUUUGAUGAAGUAGUCAGAAAAGAGGCACAAAAUGCCAAGAUGUACUACGAAGAGCAGAUGAAACUUGCUGAUGAACGUAAGAAAAAUGAAGAUACAAUAAUACAAUUACAAGAAGAACAAAAAGAGAUGGAAGCCGAACUUUCUUUGCUCCGCCAUAAGUUAGGAGCUGAACUUCAACGACAAACAGAUUCGCCUGAACUUGAAUCCGAAAUAAAUGAAAAGAUCGGGAAUAUAGAACAACAGAUUUCUGAACUCAAUGAGAAAUUGAGCGAAACUGAUGAAAAAUUAUUGCGCAGCGAAGCGGAACGCCAAAAUAUUAAUACUAGGCAAGUUUUGUCUGAUACUGCAAGUUCGAAGUAUGGCUCCGAAGAAAUGCCUCGCUCACCUCUCUUUAUCAUCGGGGAUCCUAACAACGGAACGGCUGCUGCUGUGGCACCGUCGAGAUAUAUGGCAGAUUCACACGUACAGGAACCGUCCAGCGUUGGAAUAUCGGGGGAUUCAGUUUUUUACGAACCCAGCGUUUCAUAUCAAGACGCCCAAGAUCACCACCAACAGUAUUUGCUUGAACAACAACAAGCUGAACUAGAGGAACAAGCACAACGUGAAAUGGAAUUCAAGUCCGCGCUUGAAAAACAGAUGGAAGCAUUGAAAACAAAAUUAGAAGAACAACUGCAAGACAGUGCGGAACACAUGAAAGAAGAAAAUGGAAAAAUCAUUGAUGAACGUGUAACCAAUCUUGAAAAACAAAUAGAAGAAAUGAACAGCAAAAUACGCGAUUCGGAUUCUGCAAUAAGGAGAGCAAUGGAAGAUAAAAAGAAGCGGGAAGAUGCCCUUAAAAAAGAACGUGAAGAAUGGCAUGAAAGAUUGGAAAAAGAACGAGAGGCUCGAGAAGAAAGUGCCGCUGAUAAAGCUCGAAACACAGAGCAACGACACGCCAAUGCGUCACAUACUACUAAUUCUUCCACGUCAAAAUCUCCCCGAAGUGUCAGAAUAGAACAUAAAAACUUUAAUGGGAAUUCGGUGACCCCAAGUUCCAUGCUAAAAAGUGACACUCUUCGACCACCAAGACGUCACAUCAAUUCAGAUUACAGUACUCCCCAAUCUGCAAGAAAAGGAAGCCCAAUUUCAAAAAUAUCAGAAUACGGCACUCCUGCAAUUAAAGAAGAUUCUGCAGAAAGAGAUUCAAUCUUGAAGGAUGCUUCAAUAUUUAUAGUUUCGCCGGCAUUGCAGCGCCGAAGCCGAAACACAGAGUCAGCUACAACAAGUGGUAAAUCACCACAGGAUCAACGAAAAGGAGUCGAAAAUAUUCCCAUGAACAAAAUUUCACCAUCUAUGCGUUCGCAGAAGGUUUUUCCAGAAAAUGACAGCAGUAGAGCAAGUAGUGCAGCGGAGGAUUCGAAAUCGAAAUGGAGUUCAUUGAAAUUUCGAUGGAUGAAGUCGUCAGCUAAAGAAUCGACAUCAAGGGAACCUAUCGACGAUGUUCUCGCCACGACAGAUAAAACUAAACCAUUAGUAUUGGAUUAUUCACAAGAAGAUGACAUCGAUGAACUCGAUGUCAGUACGCCAUCCCUGAAAAAGUCCACCGCGGAGAAAAGUUCUAAAUUUCGUUUUGGUGGUAGCAGCAAACGAGAAACGUCAUCCAUCACAAUACAUUCAAGAUUAUCUGAUGAAGAAGAUGAGUUCAAUCAGCUACAGUCUCAGAGAUCUAACGACGGAGAUGAAUGUCCACCUGCUGAAGAAGGAUGGGGAGAGAAUAAAGAUGAAGACAAACGAAGUCUUUUGGAAGGACUGGGAACAUCAUAUUGUGUGGCACCGCAAUUUAUUUGGAAAUAUCUUGGCGACGAAACAGACGAUGAACCAAUAACAAGGAAGAAAUGCAUCGCAUUCAUUUUGGGACUCAUCUUAAUUCUUUUAUUGGUCGCCAUAAUAUUCGGUUUAAUAAUUGGUCUUGCUUCUGGGGGCGGCGAGGCCGAAAAAUCACCAAUCCGAUUCCAUGUCAUAGCUGGAAACCCUGACGAACAAAACGCUGACAAUCCAGAGUCAUAGAAAUGAAGACCUCAUUUGUUUUAUUGAAUAUGUAAAUCAUUGUGACUGGUUGAAUUAUACACGGCCAUAAGUUAUUCAUCACGGUGUACCAAUCUUUGAAAAGAAAGUAUAUUUUCCAAUUUUUUUUCAAUAUGUUGCUUCCACAUACUUUAAUGAUUUCAAAUUGAAUUUUAAAUAAUAUAAAAAAUUUUAUUUGUAAAGCAAUGAAAACGGAUACGCUUUUCAUUGCGCAUACAUUUGUUUUGUAUACACAAUCUUUAAUAUAAUGAAUUGCCAGUCUAAUCCAGACUUCAAUGGGAUUUCUCCAAACGUUUAUAGCAAUUUGACAUCUUACUCAGUAAUAUUCUGAAGCAUCGAAAAAGUUUUAUACCGAAAUUACCCGUUUUUGAUUUCCAAGCAAACUCAGUGAAUGUUUGUUUAUCUAUUAAGUUACUGAAUGAAAAAAAAAGAUUUUUGGCUUGAAAAUAACUCCUCUCAUCAAACUCAGAAAUCGGAAUGUUGUUUACUGUUCGGCUUAUAACGGGUUCGCGAUGUUCAUUUUUUUUUUCAAAGGAAAUGAACAAGGCAAGGAGAGUUAUUGGUUAUUGGUCAACUUUCUAGAACUACCUCGUGGUAAUGCGACAUUUUAUUUAUUAUAUUCACGUUCUACUAUUUUAUUUUUUUGAAUUAUGAAUCAAAUUUAUUUUCGCGUUUCAUUUUGGUUAAUUUUUUAAUUUCUCAGGUGUCUGCGUGGUGUUUAUUUUUUACAUAAAAAUAAAAAUUGUAUCAAUAAAUUGUUGUAUCUGUGAAAAUUAAUUGUGAUUCUAUCAUCUUCAAACGGCGAAGAAAUCGCAUUCCUCUGAUAUCUGAUUUAUGCAAUACUUUGCAAUGGAAGCCUACUAGGGGUCAAAGUUUAACCCCGUUCCUUUUCCCUGAAUCCUUACAUCAAAAAAUUAAUUUUAUAAAAAUUGUGGCUGGACGUUAAAAAAGUUUAGGAUUAUUCAUAACUAAAGCAAUAUUAUGAACAACAAACUCUUAAGCAAGCAAAAUGCAUUGCAUAAUCUUUCAAAACAUCAACGUUUUAAUAAAUAAAACAAACAAAUUUUUGUGUGGGAACCUGAACUACAUGGUAUAA